AUGACGAGAGCUCCUGUCUUUUGGUUUUCCUGUGUGGAAGAUGCUGCAUCAUUUUACGACUUGUUACCUCAUCUCUUCUCCGAAUUCCGAGAUGCUGCGGAAUCUACCAGCAAAUACGCCUGCCUCGAAAAAAUCACGCCUCGCCUUGUGGGAAACACUGUUCACACCAUAUUUGAGUACCACUGUGGGGAAGCUGCAGGCCAAAACAUGGUCACAUUUGCUACACAGCAGGCAUGUGACCUUUUCACAGCAUCUACUACAGCCCAAGAAAUGAGACUCCAGAAGAUUUCCAUCGAAGGAUCACUGGCAACGGAGAAAAGCCUAUCCUGGGGAAAUAUCUUAAACUCGCGCGGCGUUUCUGUCAUGGCGUGGGGGAGGAUCACCAAAGAGGCCUGUGAAAGUACUCUAGGCUGUUCUACUUGGGAUCUUUACCAGAGCACAAUGAAUAGCAAGGAAGCUGCUAUACGACAUGGGCAGUUGGGAUACAUGUGGCAGAAUCUGCCUGGAUACGACCGGGGAACCGAAGAGCUCUGUGUGUCAACCUAUUUUCCAAGUCUCCCAGUAGGAACCGUUGGAGGUGGGACUACCUACGACACGCAGAGAGAAGCGUUGGAGAUACUUGGAUGUACUGGCUCAGGAUCCAAACGUCGUUUGGCGGGCCUAAUCGCAUCAUUCGCUCUUGCUCUGGAUGUUAGUACAGCUGCAGCUAGCCAUUACAAGUUUGGGAGAUCUGCUGCUGAUGCACAACCUAAGCUUUGA